GACAGUCCCUGACUGUUAUUUGUUAUCCCGUUGGAUGAGUUUGUUUACUAUACCUGGGAGCCAUCGUACGUUGAUUCAGAAACGCGCGAAAGAUUGUGUAAUUCGUAGACCUCGUCUUUAUUAUUUAAAAAAAUCUGCGAACAUAAUCGUUGAUUACACGCAUAAUCAUAUCGUUUUGUGAGAAAAAAUGAUUCUUACUGGAUCCAAAGAAGAGGUAAAUUACGACGUCCUUCUUAGCAAACCCGUAGAAGGGGAGGCCAGUCAGCAUGCCACAAGAGCCCAGAGGGAAAAUGUGCCCUACGAAAACCUUUCUAAAAAGUAUAUCCUAUGGGAAGUGAAAGAUGCCCCAAGACAGUACUUCAAGAUGUACGAAGCCAGGUUGAAAAAGAUUAGGCCAAAACUUGAAUCCAAAGCUGCUGACAAAUGGGGUUCAGAUGUUCCACUGAAGCACCUUCACGAAUUAGAUGGAGAAACUGGAAGAUGUGUUGUUGUUGGAAUGUUUAAACGGCAAGAAUUGAAACCUUCAAUUCUCAAGGAGAUAUCGGAAGAGCAUCACUUAAUGCCACAACCUGUCAUAGAAAAAUAUGUGAGUCAGGAAGAUGAAAUUAUUUUAGAAGAUGAACUUCAAAGAAUUCAGCUGGUUGGGAAUAUAGAUGUCCCCAAACUUGUUACCGGUGUUACAUGUGCAGCACUUGGGAAAGAAGGGAGUGGAGGAAAGUUUGAAGUUGAAGAUACUUGUUUCAUUGGAUUACCAGAUCCUGUAAAACGUGAAGUGGUAAAAGAGGAUAAGUUCUUGCUUUUGAUUUCGGGACUAGAACUGAGUGAUUGUGUGGACAAAAAAUUAUCUCUAGAUUUGCUUGUUGAUUAUGUCUGUGGUUAUCUUGGACACCCAGAAGAGCAAGCUGCUAUCGCUCAAAUAAGUAGAGUUAUAGUUGCAGGAAAUUCUCUUAGUAGUGCUAAGGGUGAGAAAGGAAAGCCCAAAAAAGGGGAGCUGAUAAGAGAGCUGGAUGAUACAUUAAUCCAAAUUGCUAGUGUAUGUCCCGUAGAUGUCAUGCCUGGAGAAUUCGAUCCUACUAACCACAUUAUGCCGCAGCAGCCUCUUCAUCGAUGUUUAUUCCCAAAGGCAUCUGUAUACACCACCAUGCAAAGUGUUUCAAACCCUUAUGAACUUGAAAUUGGAGGUCGAUUGCUGAUUGGAAUGUCAGGGCAAAAUGUGAAAGAUGUAUGUCGCUGCUCUGUUCUGGAAGAUCCCUUGGAAGUCAUGGAGAGUCUUUGCAAGUGGGGACACCUUGCUCCAACUGCUCCAGACACACUUUCAUCAUAUCCCUAUGUUGGUGAUGAGCCAUUUGUUAUUACUUCAUGUCCUGAUCUGAUGUUUGUAGGAAAUCAAGAAUCAUUUGCUGUUCGAACUAUAAAAGGGACAGCUGAUCAUGAUGUAACUUUAGUAAGUGUUCCAAGAUUUAAUGGAACUGGCACCUGUGUAUUAGUGAAUCUUAAGACCUUGGAUUGCCGCCCAUUUUGCAUUUCCAUAGAUGACAUAGAUGUAAGCUGCAGUAAAUCAAGCCCAGAUGUUGAAAAGUGACAAAUCGGAACUUGUUGGGUAAUGAUCAAAAGUUAGCUCUGUUCAAAUUUCAGUAGAUCUUUGCACCAGUGUUUUGAGGUUGUUGAAAAUUUUCAUAAGUUUUCCUAAUACUUUGAAAGUUUUUAGACAUUUUUGCACCAGUUUUUCCUGUCUUUAAAAUUCCUCAUUAGAUUAUCGAAACAGAAAGGUGAAAUAUUUUCUAAUUGUUAAAAAAAAAUUUCUAGUUUAAGUUUUUGUCAAUGUUAACUUUACAUUUUAAGGUACUGUAUUAUCGACCAAUUUUUAUAGCAAUAUAUUUUCAUUAUAAAA